AUGUCUGCAGACUCAUAUCACGACAAGGAUGAUGUCGACAUAAUCGACAUUCGCUCCUCAACACACGACGUCUCACUAAAGAGAGAGCUCGAACAAUGCCUCGCGGCGACGCCAUCUCAGUUUCCAUCACUGCUUCUUUGGGACGAGAAGGGCUUGCAACACUUCGAAGCCAUCACUCACUCGCCAGAGUACUACCUCACAAACUGCGAAAUUGAUCUUUUGGAGAAACAUAGCACUGAGCUCGCUACCCAGAUUAAGCCUGGAUCAGUCAUACUUGAACUUGGGAGUGGUUGCCUCAGGAAGAUCAAAAUCCUACUCGACGCCCUAGAAGCACAAACCAGGCCAAUCGACUACUACGCUCUCGACCUAAGCCAUUCAGAACUUCUGAGGACACUCAAGGAUAUCUCAUCAUCGUCGUUUGAGUACGUGAGGUGUCAUGGACUGCUAGGUACCUACGAUGACGGUCUUGGCUGGUUGAACGUGGUCUCCGAGCGACCGAAGUGUAUAUCCUCACUUGGUUCUACCAUCGGCAGUUAUCCAGUGUCGCAAGCUGCUAAAUUCCUAAAUGGAUUCGUCAAAGCCGUGAAGGACUCGACCGAAACAACCAUGUUCAUUGUUGGAGUCGAUGGCUGCAAAGAUAGCGACAGAGUCUGGCACGCUUACAACGAUCGAAAAGGCUGCAACUAUCGCUUUAUCGCCAAUGUCUUGCACCAUGCGAACAGACUCCUGGGAUAUUACGCAUUCCGCCCCGAAGAUUGGAGGGUCCAAGGAACUUGGGAUGCUGAGCAAGGAUGUCAUAAUCAAUUUCUUGUUCCAGCGCACGAUUUGGAGAUUGAUGGCAUGAAGUUGAAGGGAGGAGAAGGCUUGUAUGUUGUCAGUAGCCACAAGUUCGACAAGGCAGAGCAAGAGAGACUGUGGGAAGAUGCUGGGCUGGAGUUGCAGAGAUGCUGGACAACUGAUCCGCAUCGAUAUUCUCUAAACGCACUAGACGGAAACAACGAUGUGCGUCAUCUGAGAUCCCUGCCCGAGCUAGUGAUUUCUUCCAACAAAGGCUACACCAGCAUGUCUGAACCUCGCGAACGACCCCUCUAUUCACCGACCCUGAGUGUCCCCAAUGAUGCUGUCGACAAAGACAAGAUAUUUGAGAUAUCGCCACCUCCUUAUGCCGAACAAUCCCGCUCGUAUUCUUCCUCGAAAUUGGCCUCGGGCGCGACGAUGUUCCUUUCCCGCAACGUUAUCUGGCGAAUUGCAUUCGACUGGAGAUUGCACCGAUACAUUCCUAAAGCGCAGAGGCCAAAUGACAGGGAUGCGCGUCUGUUCAAGGCGCUCUGCAAAGACCAUGGCAAGCUACUCAGCUCCUGGUCCAAGACAGGACCGAAUUCGAACGAACUUGAGGAUGCGAGGGCUCGAGCGCAGAGUUGGAUUUUCGAUCCCUGCAUCGCAGUUGGUAUACCUCCUGACUUGCUGGAGCUCUUCAUGUUCUCGGUACGCUACGUCACGGCUCGCACCUGGUAUAUAUUUCGGAUCAAGCGCAUCAUGCAUAAUCGCUCCGACCUGCAACUGCUACGCUCGGAUGUCGACUCAAAGAUCCUCGUCGACAUUCUGGCCGGCUCUUCUCAGACUAUCUUCGGUAUCAAACUCAAAGAGAGGUGCGCAGAAGUGCAUGGAUGGGACUUCCACUGGUUGUUGCCACCCAAUCUUAUCGAUACUCAUCAUGUGGUGCAAUGCUCACCGUCCAGUAUAUCCAGCGAGACUGCGAAUUUAGGCGAGUGGUCACAAGCCAAGCUGCUAUUGAACGAGUGUCGACGACCAUGUGUCGAGCUGAUGGACCCUGCUUUAUCGUUCAGAUACAGAGUCGAUCGGGAGUAUUUCCUGCGCGACACCAAGCUCAACCAACAGCCAGGUUUUGCUAUAAUGGAAGAGCUGCCACAUAGAAAUCUCUUGCCCAAUUGGGUCACGCUGGGUAGCUGCACUUGGGCCAACCCAGAUCGUCAUCAUAACCCAAGAUCGACUUGA